ACACCUGCACACACUACGAAGAGCGCGGAGCGACGCAAACCCUUUAUUUAUGAUAUUCAGAAGUGUCACUGCCUGUUUUCUCUGCACAUGACUUUCGUUUGUUUUGAUUUUUCGUUUCGGCCAAACUAAACCAUGACAGUUUGUUAGAAGCUGCACUUGAAGAGCAAGUCCGAGUCUUUUCUUGUUGGAUCGGAAGCACUGCGAUGCCCUCUGAUUUCACCUCGCUCUUCAGCGCGGAUGUCGACCUCGAUUCGCCCAAUUCCCUCUACUCCAAAGAAUCGGUAUAUGAUCUUCUCCCGAAAGAGCUUCAGCUGCCAUCUUCUAGAGAGCAGAACGCAGCCGCUAUGAGUCAAAAAAGUGGUGGAGAGGCUGGACCUCCGCCGUCGACGGCUCUCGCCACAGAUGCAUCGUCCGUCUCUUCUGCUUUGAGCAUGGGAAGUCCUCGCAGUGCUUUUCCCACCUCUUUCACCUCAGCUUCAGAGCGGAUCGCCGUGCACGAGAGCAGCACACCGGGAGAUGUUAGCAAUCAAAGAAAAGCAGAGGUUCUGGCUGCUGAAAACAAGCUUUCCGGUCGAGAAAAAGGUGGCCAGCAGACCCAGCAGCAGCACCAGAUGACACCCUCCAAACGGCCUGUCCUCAACAUCUCGCCUCCACCAGAGGACCUGUUCGAUGAGAGCAACAUGUCCUGCCAGGAUGAGCUCUUUCUCGACUCAGAGCAGAGUAGCAACAUCUGGAUAGAAAAGUCGGUGUCCAACUUCAGCAUUGUGAGCUCCAGCUCCUACAAUGACAACACUGAAGUUCCCCGCAAGGCCCGCAAGUGCACCCCGCGACAGAAGCCCGGUCCAAAACCGGUCCCUGCUGAAGAGGUCAGCAUGGAUGUGUUUGAUGCAGAUAGUGCCAAAGGUCCACACUUUGUGCUCUCGCAACUUGGCCCAGACAGCAAGACCUGUUCCAAAGCAAACUCUGAUGGACCACAAGCUUCUGGCCUUAAAGGUGGGAUACUGUCUCGUCAGUAUCCUCAGAAAAGUGAAGGGAAAGAACUGAAGAUUGUGGUGCAGCCUGAGACUCAGCAUAGAGCGCGUUACCUAACUGAAGGCAGCCGUGGGUCUGUGAAAGACCGAACACAGCAGGGUUUCCCUACUAUCAAGCUCGAGGGUGUGAAGGAGUCAGUGGUCCUGCAGAUUUUUGUCGCCAAUGAUGCUGGACGUGUAAAGCCCCAUGGCUUCUACCAGGCUUGCAGAGUUACUGGCCGUAACACAACCACCUGUAGGGAAGUGGACAUCGAAGGCACCACUGUCAUCGAAGUGCCUCUGGAUCCCAGCAGCAAUAUGACUCUGGCUGUAGACUGCGUGGGGAUCCUAAAGCUCAGGAAUGCUGAUGUGGAGGCCCGUAUUGGGGUGGCUGGAUCUAAGAGGAAGAGCACCCGCGCCAGACUGGUGUUUCGAGUCAACAUCCAACGCCCGGAUGGCUCUGUGCUCACAUUACAGACCUCUUCGUCUCCCAUACUGUGCACCCAGCCUGCGGGAGUACCUGAGAUUCUCAAGAAGAGUUUGCACAGCUGUUCAGUUAAAGGGGGGAGUGAAGUCUUUAUUAUUGGAAAAAACUUUCUCAAAGGAACCAAGGUCUUAUUUCAGGAGAGUGCUUCAGAUGAUAAAUCCUGGAAGGCAGAGGCUGACAUUGACAUGGAGUUUUUCCAUCAGAAUCACCUUAUUGUCAAAGUCCCUCCAUAUCAAAAUCCAGCUAUCACAUCUCCUGUAUCUGUUGGUAUCUAUGUUGUUACGAAUGCUGGACGUUCCCAUGAUGUUCAACCAUUUACAUACACUCCAGAGCCAGUUGUCAAUGCUUCUGUGAAAAAGGAAGACUUGCCUCCAGUGACACCUUGUUGUUUUGAACAAAUGAAAGUAAUAGAUACCACCUUGCUGACGCCAGUUUUGCCUCUUGUUAAACGAGAAGAGGUCACUCCAAUGGAGGUCUCCAGUAAACCUUCAGCUUUCAAGACCUCUGAAGUCAUUAGUUCAGCCCAGCAAACCUUAGAUAUGAGUGCCGAGGACUCCGCCAAUAACUGCAAAUUUUCCAGUCCACUGGUACACCAAACAAGAGAACAGGAUCAAUCUCAGAACUCUGUCUUUUCCAACAAAGAACCAUUCAGCACCAUCCAGGAACAGAGUCUUGCACCCAGUGGCUCUUUCCAUGUGCCUAAUAAAUCUCUACUUCAGCAAGGAGCUCAGCCAUUCCUCUUGGAACACAGAGAGAGUCUCGGACAGGAGAGGACAGGCAACAAUGGCGGUUCAGUGGUGGGGCUUUCCCAGAUUGAUGACAACUCACAGCAGCAGCUCUCACUUCUACCUCCAGAUGAGGUGGCACAACUGGAGCAGGCUGUACGGCAGCUGCAAGCGAAGGGAUUCUGCAACAUCCAUCUCCAGAGUGAGAAUUCACUCUCAAAACAAAGACACCAUCAACUUCAACAGCACCAUCAGCAAUUCCAACAGCAGAAGCAUCAAAUCCAACAGCAGCAGCAGCAAAUCCAGCAACAGCAGCAGCACAUCCAGCAACAAGAGCAACAAAUCCAGUUGCAGCAGCAGCAACACCAGCAGCAGCAAGCUCUGGAGAACCUUCAACAUCAGUUCUUUCAGCCCCAGGUUCAGAUACAUUGUAGUUCAGAGCAGCAGAGCUCUUCCAAAGGUAUAGUGCAGAAUGGAAGUUCCCUCUUCCAGCAAACCCCAGCCCAAGAGCAGCAGCAACAAGCAUCCCUGUUUCAACAAGCAACUGGCUUUCUUCAGCAGCAACCCAGUCAUUCCCCACCUUCUCUGUUUCACAACCCUACAGCCAUGACCGAAUCCCAAAGCCCACAGGAGGCUCUUUUCCACACACAGAAGACCUCACCCAGUCAGGAUCAGGUCCAAGCUUCCCUUUUCCAAAACAAUCUGACAAUUCUUAGUAGGUCCAACAUGUCAGCGGAAGCUCACCCAUCUACGACCAGUAUGUUUCUUUCCCAAAAUGCCAUACCAGGUCAACUUGCCAUUAACGCCGGCCAGCCACAGCAACUGGCCUUUCACACUUCUAUGCAGACAUCUUCUCUUGAGCCACCAUCUGUAUUUCCGACUCCACCCCAACUGUCCCCCAUUCAGCAAGGCACUCCAAUGGAGCAGCAGCAAUCACCACAGCGUCCCCAACCUGGAUCCAUGUUCCAGAGCAUCUCCCAGUCAGCAAGCAAACUUCCCUCUGGUCAGCAGCAGCAGGCUGGUCUACUCCUCGGUUCCUUAAAUUCUCCAGUGACACAAGAGCAAACUUCCAAUUUGUUAUUUGGUGGGCAAGUCCAGAUAGUAUCAAUGAACAACAGUAGCCUAUUUUCUCCAGAACAACAGAACACUUCCCUUCCCUUUUCUCAGACCGGCAUGGUUACAGUCAGGCAGCAGGAGUCACCUGAACCCAUGACAUUUCAGGAUCAGACUACUAUGGGGGUCAGCCCCUCCUCGAAUAAGCCCAUCUUCCAAGACCAGCAACCAAUGCAGUUGGCACCAAGUUCUGGUACAGGCCCUUCACAGUCUGUAAACCUCUUCAUGGCCCAAUCCAGCAUGCAAGGGAGUAUGGCUUCUCAAGAAACCCUUUUUGCACCUCAAAGUGAUGUAACCAGAAUUCAGACUAGCACUUCCUCUCCAGUACAACAGCCUGGUCAACUCUUUCAUACCACAAAGAGUGGAAGCCUCAACCAGCCCAAUCAGAAUCAACAGCCAGACCUGUUCCUCUUUGAGAUUCAGAACGAGUGCCGUCAGCUAAUGAACAGCCAAGGAUCUACACUGUCUGACCAGAUCAUUGCCAUCAAUCAGUCUGGACAGACUCAGCAAGAGAGUGAAGAUCAAAUCCAGUCUUUACUUGGGCAGUCUAUAGCAGACCCAGGAACUGUGCAAACCACCUUGACAACCUCUCAGAACAUGGAGAAGAUUGACCACCUUCUGGUGAGCCUACAGGAGCAAGCCAAUAACAUCUCCCACUCCUACUAGGGCCUUCAAGGUGUGGCUUCCCAAUCCAUUCAAUACAUGAUUGUAGAUAUUUCUUGCAGACAUAUACACUGAGCAAGCCAUUCACUCUAUAUAUAUUGACACUAAGAAAGUAGAGUCGCCUGUUGAAAGAUCUGGCAGAGUUCUGUUUUGAUCUUCAGUUCUCAAGAAACCUCAAUGCGAGAGCAUUUCUCAGAGGAACUGCUAUAAAGAUUGUCAUUAGUUCCACAGCAACCCCAUCAUAAAUAAGGCUUUGAGGCAUUUGAGAACUAUAUUGAAGUACACAGUAGGAUAUUUGAUGCACCUGGAAACCUAGAGAUUCUGCCUUGAGUGUCUCUUUAUUUUUACAGUGACAGAAAGAGAAGAUCAGGACACACGGGAUGACUGCAGUUAUGCCUGAACAUGAUUCGUGGACACCCCACUUUCUCAGUGAGCCUCGGAUAACUUUGUGAUGUCUGUUUUUAACUGUUUAACAUAAUCAAGGAUGCUUGACAGAAGCAGUCUGCAGUGUGAUUUUUAUUUUCAACACUUUUGCAAACAGUCGUUAAUACCUUUCUGUCUCGGUACACUUCUAUAAGCUAUUAUGCUUUUGUAAAACUAUUUUAUGCAGUCAAAUGGGGAAAGAAGAUAUCUAAGUGAGAAAUGUGUUUUUGGCAUUUUCCCCCUAGCACUUUAUAUAUGUUUUCAGUAUGACUCGUUGACAUUUCAUCAAGAUGUCUAUCUCAGACCAUGUUUACUGUAUUAAUAAUUCUAGUGUCUUUGGACUGUAUAAUACUAUACCAAUGAAAUGUAGAAAAAGAUAGAAAUGUUCAUUCCUGCUUUAAAAAAGCACUUAGGAGUAAUCUGAAAAACAAAUAGCUUCUGAUAUUUAUGUUUUGAUUAUGGUUUACAUAAGUACAUUUAAUUGGUGUUUGCUUUGUUUUGCAUGUCAGAGUGUCCUAUAUUAACAUGUGUAUCUGUGACAUAUUAUUUUAUGUGUCUUUUACUGAUUCUAAAAUAUUGAUAGUUUAUGCGUAUAUCAUGCUGUGUCAUUGUGAUGGUUUGGGUUGUUUUAUUUGCCAGUGUCUGGUAUGCUGGAACAAGGCCGAUUGUUUUUAUUGGCAAAUCAGAAGGGAGUGUCCAACAAGUAUUAUCGACACGUUCUCUGAACAUACUGGCAUACAGUAAAUACACAUGCUGAAUAUGUUGGGGAAGCAACCCUUUAUCUUUUGUAGCAGAAAUAGUUUUUUAAUCAAUUAAAAAUUUGUAUAGCCAAUGAAUAGCCAUCAGCAUGUCAAAAUCGAAGACCAUGUUUAACCUUUGAUCUAUAUUGGCCGUUUUCAUGGCUCAGGUGAUUUUUAAUAUUCGGCUAUGAAGUGAGUUUGUUUUGAAUGUACUGUAGAGAAACAUCACGUGAGCUGUGCAUUUAAAGGGAUACUCCACCCACUGAUGGCAGACGGACUAUUCUGAUGACGUCUUUCAUACUUUUCUGGACCUUGAAAGUGUAACUUAUUUGGCAGUCAAUGGGAUAGUCACAAGCCUCCCGGUUUUCAUCCAAAAUAUCUUCAAUUUUGUUUGGAAGACGAACAAAGCUUUUACAUGUUUGGAACGACUUGGGGAUAAGUGAUUAAAGACAAAAUUUUCAUUUUGGGGUGGAGUAUCCCUUUAAAGCUCAUGAAUGUGUUCUUGCGUCAGACGUGAUGUAAAGCUGCCAAACUAGUUUGUGUGCUCUGAAUAUUUGGCUGAUGUGAAGUUAGUUGGCAGAUUGUCUUGUUAGUAUCAGGAUGAAUAUAUACAUUAUGAGGGAGCUGUUCUCUGUAAUGUCACAGAAAUGGCUCAUUUGAGCCUGCUUUGGUAUUUUUUCUUUGCUAAGAACCUUAGGUGAUUUUUAUGCCUACUUUUUAGUAGAGACUAUUUUAUCCUCUUCUUUGGAGAAGUUUUACUUGAAGGGUGCUCUCCGCACGGGGAAGAACUGUGAACAGGAACUGGAAAAAAGCAUUUUAUUUUGAUUUAAUUGUUAUUAAUUCUCCAUAGUUAUGUGGAUAUUUACCUUUUCACCAUACUUCUUUUUUUUUUAGAAAAUAUUUACUUUCGUCUCAAGAAUUUCCAGAUUUAGAAUCAAUGCAUAUUGAAUCGUUAUGACAAAUUUCAGAUUUUUUAUUUUUUUUUCAUACAGAAUGACAUCUUUUAAAUAAAAAUAGUCUGUGUAACCCAUGUACUGUAACAUCAUGAUUAGGCUGCACGGACAUUGUUGAGAGUCAUCAUCAUAAUGCACAGUGAUUCAGUUUCACUAUUGCAAAAGAAUAUCAUGGUUCUUAAAUCUGGAUUUUUAAUGGGGAUUUAAUAACUGGCUGGUCAGAACUUGAUUUCCUAUAAAGAUUUCAUCAAUCUUUUGGGAAAUACAAGCCAUAAAAACAAGCAUUGCCCCUAAAAAUGAUGUUUUAUUUGAUUCUUGGGACCAAUUAUUAAUUAUAUGUAGUUCAGUGAAGAAAUCUAAACAUCUGUUUGGGUGAAAUAACAUUUAGAAAUUGAUAUAUAUAAAAAAUGUAAUAGGUAACGUGUGCAGGUGUCUGUCUUUUGAUAGUCUUUUUCUUUAAAACAUAUUAAAAGUCACAGUUCAAUAAGGCAUAUCAAAAAUAGCUUCAUUUAUUUGUAAACACAUUCUUCCUACUCAUCCCAGUCACAAAAUCUAUACUAAACAAUAUGCCUCUAAAAAAAUUUUUUAUAUUGGUUGACACAUACAUUAAUUGGAAGUUGUGCCUUCUGAUUUAUACUUUAAAGCAGAUAAUUUGACUGGUCAAGAAACCAACACCCCUUUAAAAUAUGUUCCAAUAAAUAUACAUGUAUGCAUCUCUUUAAAUGUGACUAGAGAAUACGCAAUAUUACUUUUCAAUCUGUUUAAUGCAAUAUACACUUCUGUUUAAUUUUUGUGUAGCAGUUAACUUAUUGCUUUAAACAGUUAAGCGGUUAGAGCAACUGCCAGAAAAAAUACAGCCUUUUCAUAUUCAGUCAGACUUUUUUAAUCCUUCAACAAAGAGGAACUUAAACUGUUAUGGUUCUAUUGCUCAUUAAUACAUGAUAAUUCCUAAUGUGCCAUGAUUAUGUGCACACUAGGUAUUAUAUCAGUCUAACUGUGUGUCAGUUUGCUAUAAUGUGUCGUAAGGAAACGAGGAGGUUUGGAAAGGAGGUUUGGAAACUUUCUGUAGGAUGUGAUGAUAAAAUAUAUGAGCUACUUCUGACAUAUUUGUGACAAUUUAAUACAAAAAUAAUAUGUAUGUAUUUUGCUUUUGUUGGGGCAUUUUUACUCUCACAGCUAUUUUUUCUGUAAAUGUGCUGCUAUGAAUUAAUAAAAAUAGGUUACAGAAAAAUAA